AAUGGCACCCGAGACAAUCAUACACUAAAAAUUCGCGACAGAUGCCAAGUUAGCAAGCGUGCUAACAGCAAUAUUCAUGAUUUCCGGUACAGUUGGCCUGGGUAACCAUGACAACACCGGGGAUGUGACUCGCAAGAAUCCCAGCGUAGACGCGGCCAAAUUAUUGUUAAGUGUGGACCAAUGAAAAAUAAAGGAGCCUUCCUGGAUAUAACAAAUGAUGAAAAGGCAAAGAAAAACGGCACAAGAGCCAAAAUAUUUCUGAAGAACGGAACUUACAAGGGGGAUUGGAACAACGAUCUGAAACAUGGCAAGGGCGUAUUCGAGUGGAAGAGCGGCGCUAUAUACAGCGGCGACUGGGCUUGGGACCACCGACACGGGCAUGGCGUCUACACGGAGCUGUGUCCCAACACCUGCCAGAUGAUCCAAUACAACGGACAGUGGUGCUGCGACAGGCGGGAGGGCGACGGCGCGCAGUUCUAUCCAGACGGCGAGAGCUACGAGGGCGAGUGGCGUCGCGACCGGCGCCACGGCUGGGGCCGCAUGUUCUACAAGGACGGCAGCCUCUACGAGGGCGGGUGGAGCCUCGGCGUCCGGGAGGGCAGGGGCCUCCUGAGAAAAGCGGACGGCAACAUGUACGAGGGCACGUGGCACCGGGACAACAAGCACGGUCCCGGCCUGUACGAGCACACGCGCACAGGCCAGAUGCAGGAAGGCAUCUGGGUGGAUGGUGUCGUCAGGUGCAGCGCGCUGGAGGACAAAAACAGACUGUUCGCCCUCAACGCCACCCCUUACCCCAUACCGCCGCUGCAGCUGCUGGAGCCGGUGGCCGUGCUGCGGGACGCCGCCGCCCAGUUUGUGCCGCUCAUCCCCGAACGCUACCGGGUCAUACCGGAGACGGCCUCAGACAGCAGCUCCGAGUCGGUGGCCAGCCUCUACUCCAACUGAGUCGCCGCCGACGGCAAGAUAGACACCCGCCGCGCAAAUCCGCCAGUCAUCACUUCAUAGCGACUGUCAAGCACGGUCGCGCUUGAGCGGGUCUCGUCUAGUUAACAGUGAACGCGCAUUGUUUUUGAAACACAUUCGGAACUAAACUGCGUGCCACUCACCACUAUCGUGCUCGCGGUGUACGCUGUCGCGCUCUUCUUGCGCGAGCUGGCUCGUUCGCUGAGGCGUGAAGUAUAGCCCCGUAUAAUAAGACGCACAUGUAUU